CUUUACCACUAAUAACUAAAUUGUAAAGCUACUCCAGGUGACUAUCACAUACUUAAAUCGUAAUCCGAACAUCAACGUCAAAGGAGGGUGGGCUUGCCAACCGCUACGCAGGAUGCACCGUGUUCUGUUGAUCUCAGAAAUAUUAGCUAGUGUCUUUGCUUCGCUCGCACCGGACUCUAAUGCGCGGAAUGCUCGCGUAUGUAGCCAGUGGAGAGACACCGCCCUUGAUGCCGUCUGGAGAGCUGCACACCCGGGCAUUUUUCGCUCGCUGGUGCCGACAAUAAUUUCGACGGAGCUUGACCCGUACGGCGCCAAAGCUUUGGCGUUCGUCAUCGAGCCUACUGUCCAGGAUUGGAACCGUUUUUUGAUGAACACACAGCGCGUGCAUAGGCUCUUGGACUCAAACCGCUUUUACUUGACUUCGGAAGCCAUCCUCACUAUUGCGCUAACGCGUCCUGAAGCCACCAUCUUCCCGAACGUGCAACGACUUGCGAUGAGGGCGCAACAUCUCGAAACAUUCUUCAUGAGCCCUUCGCUCCAGUCUGUUGAUUUGUUCAUAGAUUCUUUGGAGGUUUUGCCACUCUUCAGCAAUAUACGAGACCGAAUGCCCAAUAUAACGUCUCUAGGCAUUACGUUCGAUCAAGCGCUCACCCGUUCCACUCAUCAUGCUCAUAUCGUGGAUCUCGUUCGUUCCCUCGUGAAACUGGAACGCCUCAUGCUUCCUGCGACAUCAUUCUCCGCUCACAUUGCACAAGCUAUACAACACCAUCCAAAUCUCAACGGGAUCAUCCUCGAUAGGAAGGCCAACAUCCCAAUCAACGACACUGUCCAACUUUUCUCACCCGAAGUUGCACUUGACCACGAUGCAUUUCCUUCGCUACGCACAUUCUCCUUCUCAGCUCCCCUGCUUACGGACGCGGCCACGAUUUUAAAUCCCAACGCCCACUGGAUCCAUGGCCUGACUUACCUAUGGCUUCAUAUAGAAGCUCCUCCUGAGCGCCAGGAAGUCACAAAGUUUCUCGACACCCUUUCAAGAGUGUCAGACUCGCUCUAUUUCCUAAACCUUCGUCUCCACAAAGCAACGUACAUUGCUGCUGAAGAAGAGGACUUCGCGGACGCGGACCUCACGGACGCCCAUCUUAGACUACACGAUCUACUUCCCAUUCUCCAAUUCAAGCGGCUUACAGACUUCUCUAUCACAUGCCCAUAUCCUCUCGAAAUGACCAACCAUGAGGCUUCGGAACUCGCCCGCCAAUGGCCUCAUCUUCGGCACCUCUAUCUCAAUCCUCGACCCCUCCUUCCAUACAUUACAUCUUUGUCCCUGGCCGCGUACAGAAUUUUCGUCGAUACCUGUCCCAAGUUGACCUCAAUCGGGCUAUAUGUCAACGCCACGCUACCGCUACCUCAUUUCGACUUUCCACCGAUUUGGAAGACCGGUACCCCGAUCCAUUUUCGGACUGGGCACUCACCACUACCGACGGACGAGGCCAGCGAGACCACCAUUUAUCCAGUGAUUGCUCAUUACCUCUCAACAUUCCUUUCGAGAGCCUCAAGAUGGCAGAUCGCAUCGGAUUUCGAUCCGAAGGUUGUGGGAGGCGGAUUUGAAUGGCUGUCUGAAAUGGCGGAUUUCCCAGACAUCAUAGGAUACGAACGUGGAUGGAGAAUGAUACAAGCGAUGACGAACAUGAUUCUCCUGGAGAGGAGCAUUACGAGGGAGAGGACGUGGAGGCCCCUAGCCAUCAAGGCCCACGCCUUACAGGGCGAGAACAAAUCUCUGCGAGAGAAGUAUGACAGACUGUUGGAAAGUCAGAAAGAAGGUCUCUGA